UCCCUAUAAAACCCGGUUAACUUUGCAACAUUAUUGCUGGGACUUUCCCAGCUUGUUCUCGAAAUGUUGGCAAAUGAAAGUGUGAAUUUCGUGCGAUGUCUGAUUUCAUUGAUAAUUCAAAGGCACUUCGCCGCUCUCCACACGGUGCUGAUUGUCUAUAACUCCGCAAAUAUGACUCGGCUGCAAUUAAGCUACUUGGAUGGUGUCACGGAAGGAAUCGCCAAGUUGGUGCAGGAUAAUAAGAUAAUUUACACUUGGAUGGAUGUUGCGGAAUUGGAUGCGGAAGAUUUUGAUAAUUCUAUAUACAAUAAUGCAGAUAUUGGAACUCAGGGAUACAUUUGCUUGCUCCCCAACACUACAGCUUUCAUUUCGGCCAAAUACAAUGCAACUCAGCGUAGCAUGCUUCGGCAGAACGACAGGGUUAUUUUAAUGCUGACGGAAAAUGAGUCCCCACAUGUUGUUCUGAGUAGCCCCCAUUUAUCCCUAUAUCCGCGACAUUUAUUAAUUGUACCCCGAAAUAGUACUCACUUGGAGUUUUGGACACAACAGUACAAUGGGAUCGGAGGAAACUAUCAGGCUACACUCCUGGCCACCUUUAAAACUAAUGACUCGUCUUUAAACCUGGAAUCACUUCUUCCAGACAAGCUGAAGGACUUGAAAGGGAAACAUCUGAAAGUUUCUUCCAUCACAUACUUGCCCUACACAAUAAGUUAUCCUGCAGGAAAUGGUACAGGAAUGGUUGAAGGACUAAAUACAAAUGGAAAAACUGUUUUUUAUGAAGGCACGGAAGGCUUGCUUGUUAGGGAGUUUUGCAAAGUCAGGAACUGUACGCUGAAAGUUAAACCGCAUGGACCCGACGGUUGGGGCGGCAUAUAUGAGAAUGGAAGUUCCGACGGUUUAAUCGGAUCGGUUUAUACCAUGGAGACUGAAUUCGGAAUAGGAUGCAUUUACAAUUGGUACAGCGAGGAACUUGAUGUUUCUCGGACUAUAUAUAAGUCGGCCGUUACCCUCCUUGUACCUGCUCCAUCCCUUCUGCCACCAUACUUAACUCCAGUUCUGCCAUUUUCAUCAACUAUCUGGAUUAUUGUCAUAAUAAGCAUAAUAAUCACUUCAAUGGCUUUCCACUUGUUAAAUGUGUUCGGAAUCCGAGAUCCAUUCAAAGCUUACAAAAAAAGGAGUUUCGUAUUUUCAACAUUGGGAAUUGUUGCUAUAUUUUUCCAGCAAUCAUUUUUGAAAGGAAGAUUUUUCAAUAGAUUUACCCGGCCAUACAUCAUUUGCCUGCUCUUUGCCUCGAUGAUCCUUGAAAUAACGUAUACAUCAAGAUUUAAAGCGCAGAUGACAAUUCCACAAUAUACAGGACUAAUUGACUCUUCCUUGCAAUUCGUCGAAAGUAACUUAAAGUGGAGUGCUCCGGCCAAUGCAUGGAUUCUCACCAUAGCUGAAUCACAAAUUCCUUUUGAGCAUACUUUGGUUAACAACUUCGAAAUCAAAUCUUAUUCAGAAAUGCGUAACUUAACCUUUAGUAGAAAGUAUGGCUUCGGUGUUGAACGCCUCAGCAGCGGUCUCUACUCAUUCGGACCGUACAUUCAAGAAGAUGCUUUGGACUACUUACAUGUCAUCAACGAUAACUUGUUUUUCGACUAUACCAGAGCAAUUUCGAUCAGAGGAUGGCCCUUAAUGCCUAGUUUCGAUGAACUGGUUUCACACGCUUUUGAACAUGGCCUCCUAUAUGCUUGGGAAAGAAAGUUUGUACGAAAAUAUUUAGAUCCCUCUACAGAGGAGAGGCUCCUGCUUUAUAGAAAUGGACUCCGCAAUCGCUUUCUGAAAUCUGAACCUACCGUUCUGAACGAAAAGCAUGUUUCCGGCUUAUUUUUUCUACUACUGCUGGGCUAUGUACUGGGGCUCACGUGUUUCGUUUGCGAAUUAAUUAUAUUCAACUGCAAAAACACUAGCAAACAUUUUUCAGCAACAAAAUCUAAAAAGAAAAAACCUACCAAUUACUUCAAUCGUAGUUAUUAAAUUAUCAUCAGCGCAGCGCUCAUAAGAGCUUGUAAGUAUAUGCAUACCCUGCACCUUGAAAUUAA